AUGUUCGACGUGAAUCUGGGCUGUCACGAAGAAGCCAGACAAGUCCUUCAAGCCAGCUUGACAGAUCCGCUCGUACGACACUCACUAUUGUCUCUCAGAGCUCUUCGGGAAGAUCUCGAGACGUCCGGAGACGGUCCAGUGUCUGUCGCGCAGCAGAUCCCGAGCUAUCAGUAUGGCCUCCAGCAAUACAGUAUGGCUUUGGAGGGUCUUGCGUCUAACUUGUCAUCUCUGGGCUCCAAUGGGUUGAAGUCGGCAUUACUUUGCUGUCAGAUGUUCAUCAGCAUUGAGCAAGUGCGAAAGAAUUACGCUGCCAUGGCCCAGCAUAUCAUUCACGGACUCAAGAUCAUGCACGAGUACCGGGCAAGGCCAGGGUUUGUUGCCGCGAACAAAUUGCUGCCAGCACACCAUGACCAACUACCCUUCGUGGAUGUCUUCAUUAUCAAGCUGUUUGCUGCACCUUGUAAAUUUGCAGAUCCUCCAGCAACAGCCGAGGGAAGUGGGACGGCGUCGUCUGUGUCUUUGAUUUCGCCUAAUCAACAACCUGUUGAAUCUUGCGAUCUUCGCACGAUUGCACCCGACAUGCGGACAGAGCUUACAAGGAUUGCCGCGUCGACGCUUGAAUUCCUCUCCAAAGUCUCGCAAGUCGAAUCCGUAGGAAUCGCUCUCCGACUACUAUCCGAGAAAGCAGCUCUGCUAGACUCUCUAGAAUCAUGGCUCAUUGAUCUUGACCUGGUUCAGAUGGAGAUCGGACCUCCCGGCCCUGAGCCUAUUUCAGUGUCUUUCUUGCGCCUCUUCCAUCUAAUACUGAAAAUCGUUCUGUGCGGGGCACUAGACUCCUCACCAGAUCUUUAUGCCCGGUUGACAACUGAGAACGACCGAUUACAAGGCCUAGCCAACAACCUGGGUGAAAGACUUAGGGCUUAUAGAACGUGCAGUGGGACUGGUAGUGGUCGAGGGAAGCUCUCCGUAGUGUGA